GGUGGGAGGAGGUGUGGAGGCGCUGGCGGAGGAUCGGUGCGGCGUGAACGAGUGAUGUGAGAGGUGGGAGCGUCUGAGCAUACCAACCCUUGUGUCUUGCUCCAGUCACGGGCGUGUUGACACCUGGCGGCUUCGGGACAGUUGGUCGAGUCUAGCAAGUGGCUGUGGAGGCGGUGUCAGCCAGCCAGCCCCCAGCCAUGCCGCAGCCCCCGGUCACGACGCAGCCCACCGCCCUAAUGACGCCCGCGGACCCCAUGGACGAGGCGUCGCUCCUGGGGCAGCCCUCCGUGAUCGCCCCCAUGAUGCCCCACCUACACUACGAGACCAGCCUACAAUACUACGUGCAGAUGACGGAGGCCCCCCUGCCAUCAGCGCCGCCGAUCUCCCCGUCGCCGCCACAGACCCAGGAGCAUAGUCGCUUCUGGCAACACUACGGCCUCGACCUGAUCAUGGGCCUCAACCAGGUUCUUCUUCGCCACAGGAUAGGGGACAAGUACACCAUCAGGAACAUGUCCAAGGCGCUGCUCUACACGGCAACCAUCGACACGGAGACCACCUGCUUCUGCUGCUCCGUUCCGCGCGGCGAGGGCGUCACCUUCAACGUCACCUCUCGGAACCAGCAGCAAGUCCUCAAGGUACACAGGACGACCCAGAUGACGGGGUGCACGGACGAGGAGAAGGACGUGGAGGUUCGCAUCCCGCCUGACGUGAUGAUCGGCACGGUGGAGGAGCGUGGACACACCGCCAGCCUCAUCAACCCGUCCGGGGAGAUCACCUGCUACGUGGAGAUGGAAAGCGAUGACUGUUGCUAUUGCUCCUGGCCCUCCCAUAAGGUGGUUCCCGUCGCUUUUCCUGAUGACGUGGGCAGCGUUGAGGCCACCGACGGGGGGCUGAUCAUCACCUUCCCGACGGUGCUGGACGUGGCGAACCGGGUGCUGCUCCUUUGCUGUGCCCUCAACAUUCAAUACACGUCGGAGGAGUCGAGGAAGGCGAGUGCAUUGUAACUUUUGGCUCGGCUUCAGGAUCUCUUUAGGAGAGCUCGACGGAUUGCUACGGAGGGGGGCGGGUUUUUUUU